AAAUUUUAAAGCAUAAUACAAAGAAAAAAUGCGCUCGAUUUAAAUUGUAAUACGCGAGACUUUACUUAGCGCCCUUUUCAACAUUAUUUUUCUCAUGAAUAUGUUAUAUGUGAAGCUUAAUUAUAUUUAUAUGCUUUGUAUAACAUUGUUAGAAGAAAUAUUUCCCGUCUUAUGGGAUAUUUAGCUACAAUAUAUAACGAUAUAGUAGUAAGAUUUCACGCGAUUCCGCGGUCCAAUUGCGCAAAAUAUAUCAAUUUGUCGCAAACGUUUCUCUCGUUGUAAUGUUAUACAAAAGAUAUGAACGAAAUAGAUACGUGUUACAGACUUGGCAUUGCAUAGCGUAGUAGAAUGCUGCCGACGAUGACGUCAUUGCUAAGUAGAAACAGCUGUUCUACAAUUGUGUACGUUCGUUGCAUGAACGAUAUUCAUUGUCAAAGUCUGUUUUAAUAUUAGUGACAGAAAAUAUAUAUUAUUUUAUCACGAUUCUGGAAAUGAAAGUGAACAUAUGGAUGUUGAUGAAAAACAUAACAAAGACAACCUCUUACAAAAUAUAGCACCUAAAAAUAUUGAGGUUGUAAGUGUUGAUGGUAUGCAAGUUAAGGCAGAAUCAGAUGCAACAAGCUCUCAGUCACAGUCAGAUACUGAAGAGAUGACAUCGAAUUCUGUGGCACCAGUUAUAGAGGAUCAGAUAGAAGUUGUAAAGCACGAGAUUGAAUCAAAGGAAGAAGACCAGACUCCUGAAGAUAUAUUCGGCAAUGAUAUAAUAUUACCACGUGCAAAACCAAUUGGCUCUAAAGAAAGAAGAGAAAGUAAGGAAAAAAGCAAGAAGGAAUUAGAAGAAGAGGAAAGAGAAAAGAUGCAGGUGUUAGUAUCCAACUUCACUGAGGAUCAGCUGAAUAGAUAUGAAAUGUACAGACGCGCCGCAUUUCCAAAAGCAGCUAUAAAAAGGAUCAUGCAAACGAUAACGGGUUGUUCAGUGUCUCAAAAUGUUGUCAUAGCUAUGUCAGGGAUUGCCAAAGUAUUUGUUGGUGAAAUCGUCGAAGAGGCUUUGGAUGUUAUGGAACGUCACGAUGAAACUGGCCCACUACAGCCAAAGCAUCUGCGAGAAGCUGUCCGCAGAUUGAGACUACAAGGUCAAAUACCAAAUGGUCGAGCGCAUAAGGCUUUCUUUAGACUUUAAUGUCAGUAAAUUUGACAUAUUAUCGACAUAUUAGUACAAUGUUUCUCUUACAGAAAUGUAUCGAUGUUAGAAUCUGUCAACACAAUGCGCGUAUACAAAAUACCAUAAACAAUCAGACUCAGGCUUUACGACGUAUUGAAUCCAUGAACUAUCAUUCACGCUCAAAUGACACACAGAUAUUUCUGUGUACUUGACUAAUAACUCGAUAUUUAUUGAUACUAUAUAGAUUAGAGUAUAUUUUACUGAUUAACUCCGAUUUAUGCUUUGAUCUCCAAAUAGAAUAAGUUAACAUAGGUGCGUAUAUUUUUAUAUUGCAUAUAUAUUUUAUUGAUACAUAAUUUUAAAUAUUCUCGGACCUUUCGAAAUACAUAUAUAUAUAUAUAUAAAAUAAAUAGGAAAAAGA